AUGAAAGAUAGGAUAUAUUGGAGUAAGUCUAGUACGGGUGAAUAUACAGUUAAGUCAGGUUAUAAACUGGCAAAAUGCAUUAGGAAGAAAGUGGUUUAUGAUAGGAGCAAUGUUGAGUCAAGCAGCAGCAGGAAGUGUUCAGCUCAGAGCUGGAGCUUUCUGUGGGGGUUGAAUUUGAAGCAAAAGUUGAAGCAUUUCAUCUGGAAAUACUUACAAAAUAUCCUACCAGUGAAUGCAAUCAUAAAGGCAAGGUGUUCUAAAGGGGAUCAUAUGUGCUUUUGUUGUGGGGAGCAUCUAGAGACUGUGGACCAUUUGCUGUUUUUUUGUGACUAUGCGAAGGCUAUUUGGGAAGUGGCACCAAUAUGGAAGUCUAGGAAUACGAGGCAGUUUGAAGCUAAGGCUAGGGACCCUAUGACAGUUGUCCAGAAAGCUGUUGGGGAAUGGAGGGAGUAUCAGGAUGCUCAGGUGGAAGAGGGGGAACCAGUUAGAGGUAGUAGGGUGGGGAAGGAGGAGCUGAGUGAAUGGAAAGAACCAAGGGAGGCAUGGGUCAAGAUAAACUCAGAUGCAGCUGUUCAUUAG